AUGGCCCAGUCCAUCAAAGACAAUCUCAAGGGCAACAGCGGUAUUUUAGUCACUACUGGAGGGGGUGCUUACCUCGACAACUCUCUCCUAGAUCCGUAUUUCAGUUGCAGCGCCCUCGACGUGCUUGCAAUCCAUGCAUAUGGCGUCGACGACUUCGCCACGUCGAAACUCCGAUCUUAUGUCACCAAAGCCAAAAACGCCGGCAAGAUGCUUAUUAUGCAAGAGUGGGGAGCCUGCUACACAAACGCUGAGAAUCAUAACUGCAAUGGUGGAAGCCCGCUCAGCACAACCGUCAGAGAUACCAGCAUACGCAAUUGGGCUGCCAGCAUCGACGCUGCUGGCAUCCCAUGGUUCUACUGGCAGAUUCUCCCUAAUCCUGAUUCGCAUUACGGAUGGGACUAUGAGGUCGGUAUUAAUGAUGUAAACUGGGAUGCUCUCAAGACUGCAGGUGUUGCUGCUGGUCAAGCAGAGUCCCAGUUUGACUUCGAUCGCUGGGUUCUGUGA